AUGCCCCCCGCCCAGCCCGAAAGGGCAAUCGAUCGGGAAGAGCGUCAGGCCCUACGUGCCAUUCGCAACUUCCUCAAAGUCCGUACCAGCUAUGAUGUCCUUCCGCUCAGUUUUCGACUUAUCAUGUUCGAUACGUCGCUGUCUGUCAAGGAGAGCUUGAACAUCCUCAUACAGAACGGCAAGGUACAUAAUACAGGCAUCGUUUCGGCACCGUUAUGGGAUUCUACUUCGUCGACCUUUGCCGGCCUCCUUACCACAUCCGACUACAUCAAUGUCAUUCAGUACUACUACCAAAAUCCCGAGGCUUUGAACCAGAUCGAUCAAUUCCGCUUGGAUAGUCUACGAGAGGUCGAAAAGGCGCUCCAUGUGGCGCCGCCCGAAACGAUAUCCAUUGACCCAGAGCGGCCACUCUACGAGGCCUGUCGGCGCAUGCUCGAGUCUCGCGCCAGGAGGAUUCCUUUGGUUACUUUCGACAGUCAGACCGAUCGAGCCCUCGUUCUGAGUGUUCUCACCCAGUACCGCAUCCUAAAGUUUGUCGCCGUCAACGUCAAUGACACGCAGAAGUUACGGAAACCCCUUGGUGAGAUCUUGCUGGGCUCGUAUCACAAUAUCGCAGUCGCAUCGAUGGAUACACCUGUCAUUGACGUGAUUCACAUUCUCGUCUCACGGAGCAUAUCAAGUGUCCCCAUCAUCAACACUGAAGGUGUUGUGUACAACGUCUUCGAGGCUGUCGACGUGAUAACGUUGAUCAAAGGAGGUGUAUAUGAUGAUCUGAGUCUAACUGUGGGUGAGGCGUUGAAGAAGCGAUCUCCGGACUUCCCCGGUAUCUACACAUGCUCCCUGAACGAUGGUCUGGAUACCAUUUUCGACACGAUUCGCAAAUCCCGUGUACACCGCCUGGUUGUGGUGGACGACAACUUUCGGCUAAAGGGUGUCCUAACCUUGAGUGAUAUCCUCCAGUAUAUCCUCUUGGAGGCUACGCAUAUUUACAACUUGCAUGGAAAGGCGUUCUUGCGUGCCAGUGUCGGUUCCGGGACCUCCUUGGUUGGCAACGGUAGCCCACUUGCACGAUAUUGA